AUGUUUACAGCGACGCAGUUUGAUACAACGACGCAAGACAAUAAAGAUCAACAACCAGCAAAUAUUCCAAAAGGUUUUGAAGGUUUUUUUGAUAAUAAAAAGAAGAAAGGCACCAAUGCAUGGAUCAAUCAGGCAGCAGAAGAAAAUCGAAAACAAGUUAGCGAUCGUAUACCGAAACCUCCACGACCCGACAACAGCAAUAAGAAGAGUAGUACUGGAGGAAAUAAACAACCAGAAGUCAACAAUAAAUUAUUAUUUGGUAUUGCUUUAGGAAGUUUGGCUCUCUAUAGUUUGAUGGUACCCCCGGAAAAUAUGCGUGAAAUGACUUGGCAGGCAUUUAGAGUACAACUAUUGGACAAGGGUUUAGUAGAUCGUUUGGAAGUAUUGAAUCGAAAUCGGGUCCGAAUUUAUCUACGACCUGAAGCAAGUUCUCUUGGUGUGACACCUGGGAUGGUAUUUUACUUUAGUAUUGGAUCCGUAGAGGCAUUUGAAAACAACUUGCAACAAGCACAAAAUGAAUUAGGCAUUCCUCAAGAAGAACGUAUUCCUGUCUCAUAUCAUGAUACGAUCAGUAUCCUUGGUACAGCAUUACAAUUUGCUCCUACUCUUCUCUUGAUUGGUGUGUUUUUAUAUGUGGCCCGUCGUAGUGCUAGUGGUAUGGGUGGUCCUGGUGGUGGUCCUGGUGGUAUAUUUGGUAUUGGGAAGAGUAAAGCCAAGAUGUUUAAUCAAGAAUCCGAUAUACGUGUCAAAUUCAAGGAUGUUGCUGGUGCUGAUGAAGCCAAGGAAGAAAUUGUAGAAUUUGUCAAGUUUUUGAAGAAUCCUACUGCCUAUGAACGAUUGGGUGCGAGUAUUCCAAAAGGAGCAAUUCUUUCAGGUCCUCCUGGUACUGGUAAAACAUUACUUGCCAAAGCAACUGCUGGUGAAGCUGGUGUUCCUUUUCUCAGUGUCUCUGGAUCCGAAUUUGUAGAAAUGUUUGUUGGUGUAGGUCCCUCUCGUGUACGUGAUCUCUUUGCAACAGCCAAGAAAAAUGCACCAUGUAUUAUUUUUAUCGACGAAAUUGAUGCUAUUGGAAAAGCACGUGGAAAAGGGGGUCAAAUAGGUGGUGGCAAUGAUGAACGGGAAAGUACACUCAAUCAAUUAUUAGUGGAAAUGGAUGGUUUCAAUUCUGAUGAACAUGUAGUGGUAUUGGCUGGUACGAAUCGACCUGAUGUCCUUGAUCCAGCUUUAUUACGUCCUGGACGAUUUGAUCGACAUGUUCAUGUAGAUCGACCUGAUAUUGGUGGUCGUGCUCAAAUAUUCAAGGUACAUCUCCGUCCUAUCAAGACAAGUGAAGAUGUGGAAGAUCUAUCAAGGAAAUUGGCAGCAUUAACACCUGGUUUCUCUGGAGCUGAUAUUCACAAUGUAUGUAAUGAAGCAGCACUUAUAGCAGCAAGACACAAUAAGGAUGAUGUUACUGGAGUUGAUUUCGAACAAGCUAUUGAACGAGUGAUUGGUGGCAUGGAAAAAAAAUCAAGAGUCCUUUCUCCUCCUGAAAAGAAAACAGUUGCUUAUCAUGAAGCUGGACAUGCAGUGGCUGGUUGGAACUUACGUUAUGCUGAUCCUUUACUCAAAGUAUCCAUUAUUCCUCGUGGUGUGGCAGCUCUUGGUUAUGCUCAAUAUUUACCCAAGGAUCAAUAUCUAUAUUCAGAAAAACAACUCUUGGAUCGAAUGUGUAUGGCUCUUGGAGGUCGUGUAUCGGAACAAAUCUUUUUUGAUUCUAUUACUACUGGUGCCCAGGAUGAUCUACAAAAAGUGACAAAAAUGGCAUAUGCUCAAGUGGCAGGUUAUGGUAUGAAUAGCAAGGUUGGUCCUCUUUCUUUUAGUGAUUCACAACAAGAUAAUCAAUUUCAAAAGCCAUACAGUGAUGAAACUGCAUCUUUGAUCGACAAGGAAUCUCGAAAUUUGGUGGUGACAGCAUUAGAUCGUACUAUUGAACUAUUAACCAGAAAAAAGGAUGAUGUAGAAAAGGUAGCCAAAGUAUUGUUAGAAAAAGAAGUAAUAACAAGAGAAGACAUGGAACGAUUACUAGGAAAACGACCUUUUUCUGAUAUGGAUAGUGUAUAUGAUGAGUAUAUUCGUAGAAAGGUAGAGGCUCCUCCACCCUUUGCAGAAGAUGAUAAUCCAAAACCGGCUGAUGGACCCUCAGUAGCUUAGUUUUUUUUUUUUUUUAUAUUAUUA